GGUACAAUAUUAGUCCAAGAGGACAUGCUGCUGAUUUUGGACUUGAUCGAGCUCAUCUCAUGUAUGCCAUUGAAAAGGGUAUAUAUUCAGAUCUACCUUGUUUAAUCGUUGAUGAAAUUAUUUCGGUACAAGGUACGAAAGAUAAGGAGCAAUGUCUCCCAUUCCCAAUUUUGACUUCAAAGAUUUUGGAGGAUUGUGGAGUUGUGAUUCACUCAAGUGAUGCUUAUUCCAUUCACAUGAAUCCAAUUUAUGGUGGGACAAUAAAAAAGAGUUUGGGGCAAGGGAAGAAGAAGAAAACUCAGUAG